UUUGACGCGUUGGAUGGGCAACGAAGGUCGACUGUGGCCCAUUUGAAAUGAUAUCGCGGCAGCACAUUGUCACUAGAGCCGAUUACACUAUUGUCAGCGGUAGUGACAGCUAUCUGGCUGGUAAACUCCAGUAUAUAUUGAGGUACGAGGUAUCAUGGAAUGAUUUUAACUUUUUUACGACAUUGUUGAUCUUCUUGCGGAAAGCCGAAGCGAUAGCAAGCUAAAACACUUCCCAUCAUCGGAAAGCUCCUCAUGAUUCAGGUCAAGCUUUGCCGUAUAAUAGCGUACAACUCCUGCAAAAGACUCCUCCACUCGGUCCUAAUCCGCUCACGAUCACGGUAAUCGACGGGCCACGUAUAGCGUUUGCUACUAGUCAACAUGCAUUGGUCUGAGUGGUGUGCAGUCUGAGAGGAGUAU